CUUCGCAGGAAGAUGAUAGUCUACUCCUUUUUAAAGCAUCCAUGGAGGAGGCCCGAGUGGUGAAGCAAUGUUUGGAGGAAUAUGAGUUAGCCUCGGGACAACAGGUGAACUUCUAUAAGUCAACGGUCUGCUUUAGCCUUAACACUGCCCAUGAAGUUAAAGAGGAAAUUAGCCGCUUUUUUGGCGUUACUCUGGCAGAUGACUUUGGGAAGUAUUUAGGUCUCCCCUCAUGCAUAGGCAGAAAUAAAAACUUGGUAUUUUCUUUUAUUCUAGACAAGAUCCGCCGUCGUACUUGUGGAUGGAACAAACGUUUACUCUCAAAAGCCGGAAAGGAGAUCUUAUUAAAAACUGUGGCCCAAGCAAUGCCACAAUUUGCCAUGAGCGUGUUCCUCCUGCCCAUUGGGGUAUGCCAGAAGAUUGAAAGAAUUAUGAACCAGUUUUGGUGGCAGAAUAGUGGCAAUGCUUCCUCUAAUAUUCAUUGGUUAUCAUGGAGGCGUUUGACAACUCCAAAAAAGUUCGGGGGGCUUGGUUUCAAGGAUAUCCAUGCCUUUAAUAUUGCCAUGUUGGGCAAGCAAGGGUGGAGAUUAUUAACAAAUCCGGAUUCAUUAGCAGCUAAGAUUUUUAGGGCAAGAUACUUUCCGAAGACGUCUUUUUUAGAGGCGAAGAUUGGCCCCAACCCAAGCUUUGUUUGGAGGAGUAUGUUGGAGGCCCAAAGUCUCAUUAAAGAUGCAGGAAGAAAAAGAAUUGGGAAUGGGAGUGAGACCCUUGUUUGGAGUCAUGCAUGGUUAUGGGAUGAAUCGAGCCCGUCUAUCUCGACUCCCCGACCAGAAUUUUGCCCUGAUUUUCCAGUCUCGUUCCUCAUUGACCACUCCACUAACACUUGGAACUUGGAUAUGUUGCAGCACUGGUUUUCUGAAGAAGAUAGAGCCCGGAUUCUUCAAGUCCCGAUAUCGCCAACGUUAACGGACCAAUGGUACUGGGCAUUGGACCCGUCUGGGGAUUACUCUGUUAAAAGUGCUUACCGAAAGCUUAUUGGGGAGGCAUCAGACACGAGCAGUUUUAACCACUGGUGCAGGUUAUGGAAGCUGAAAGUGGCGCCUAAAAUCAAGGUAUGUUUUUGGAGGGCGCUUCGGGAUAUUUUGCCGGUUGCAUGUUCGCUUGAGAGGAAAGGUUUAGAGUUAGAUACUCUGUGUCGUAGUUGUGGUACUGCUGAGGAGAGUGUUACUCAUGUAUUUGUGGCCUGCCCGGUAGCACAGAGACUGUGGAGGGUGCUGGGCGUCAAGGUUGUCAAUAACCAUGGUUACUGUUUUGAUUCGCUACUACACUGGGCAGAUUUUAACUUCCGCAGUAGGACUGGAAGGGAAAUGGAUUGCGUGGCAGCGGGGAUUUGGGGACUGUGGAAGGCAAGGAAUAUGGCCAAUUGGGAGAGCAAGCUGCCGACCGUGGGUAUCAUCGAGGCUUGGACCAGAGAGGCUUUGGGUUCAGCGCCAUCAAACUGUUCAGGGCCGAAGGAACCUGCGACAGAGCCUAGAAUCAGUGGCAUUACAUGCUCGGUGGAUGCAGCCGUGUUCGAGAAUGCUCGUCGGGUGGGAGUCGGUGCAAUCCUUCGAGGUGAAGAUAAAUCUUUUAUUGGAGCUUUCAACUCUUGCAUUAACUGUCCUCUAGAGCCACGAGUUGCAGAAACCAUGGCGAUUAAAGAGGCCUUGUCUUGGAUUAAAGGACAUGGCUUCUCGGAGGUUAGUAUUUUGUCUGAUUGUGCUUUGUUGAUUAAAGCACUCAAUAAUCCAUCGAGCAGAAACACCUCGUAUUUGGGUGCCAUUGAAGGUGACUGUAGAGGUUUAGCUAGCUCUUUUAUUUCUUUGAAGUUUUUCUACAUUCCUAGAACCUUAAAUUGUAUUGCUCAUGCUUUUGCGAGAGAGGCUGGGGCGAGGACUAAUGAGUGGUGGAAUUCCCCCCCGACUUUGUUUCUCAUUUGAUUUGAUGAAUGACAAUCUCUUUUACUUCAAAAAAAAAGAGAUUAUAUUG